CGGGCCGCGAUCGGGGCGGGGUGACAACGCUCCCCGGGGCCAGAGAGCUGGGGUCCGGGCCGGGGUCCGGACACGGCCGGUGACGACGCUCCCCGGGCCGGGCGCACUCACCGCGGCCGCCUCCGCCCGGCUGCGUUGCCCCCGGCCUGGCACCCGGCCUCGGCCCGCGGACCCGCUUCCGCCCCCCGUCGCCGCUCCGGCCGCCGCGUCUCUAUGAUGGAGCCCGCCAGGCCGAUGCCACGAGCCCCGAGGCAUCGAUGGCCGUCGAAGGCCGAGCCCAGCACCCCGCGUUGGCCGUUACUGCGCCUGCGCCUCUGGCCCCGCGGCCCGGGCGGUGCUUCUUUGCGCGCCUGGGCGUGCUCGGUCUCUCCCGGAGCAGCGCCCCUGGUGGCCGGGAGGGGCGGCGGCCGUGCGCCGGGGCUCGUGGGCGGGGCUGCGCGCUAGGGCCAGCCUCUGGCCCUUCCCAGUGUCCGGCCGGCGUUGUGCUCCGUGGGGAUGAGAGCGGUUCGCACUUCAAGGAGCUCUUGGCGGUUCAAGGCCGAUGGAUGUGCAGAGGGAUGCGCCCCAGCCACGGUGGAAACCACGUGGGGUUGCGGGCAAGAAGCCAGAGGUCAAUUCGGACUUUGUACACAGGAUCUGGCGACAGGGCCCUGCCGGGAAGUGCGGGGUCAAGUCCUGUCACUGUCGCGGCCGUCGCCAUGCUGACCCCCAGGACUGCACUCCUCUUGACUCUGCUCCUGGCCGUCAGUUCCCUGGGUCAGAGGGCUCGGAGACCCCCUCGGCCCCCGUCCCCCAUCAGCACCAUCCAGCCCAAGGCCAGCUUCAGCGCUCAGCAGUUUGCAGGGACCUGGUUCCUCGUGGCCGUGGCCUCCUCGUGCCGCUCCCUGCAGGAGCAGGGCCACCGGGCUGAGGCCACCACACUGCAUGUGACCCCUCAGGGCGCAGCCAUGGCUGUCAGCACCUUCCGAAAGCUGGAUGGGAUCUGCUGGCAGGUGCGGCAGCUCUACAGAGACACGCGCCUCCCGGGCCGCUUCCUGCUGCAAGCCCGUUCCCUCCCUGUGAGCGAUUCGUUCCUGAGUGUGUUUGAGCAGCGGGUCCAGGGUGCCAACCUGACGGAGGACCACAUCCUGUUCUUCCCCAAGUACGGUUUCUGCGAGGCCGCGGACCAGUUCCACAUCCUGGACGGUGAGGGGCAGCACCCGGCGGAGCGGGGCGGUGGGGGGGCGGGCGCCCCUCGGCUCCCUCCUGGCUGAGACGCGUCUGUGCCGCAGAGGUGAAGAG